AUCACACAGUACAACAAUUAGCCAAUGCUCUCACCCCACUCAUCCAAGCCAUGCAAGCACAACAAAAUCAACAGCAUGAAACAUCCACUGUCUCACUAUCAACCUUCAGCAGAAAUAGUCAUGAAGACCCAAUCAACUGGUUGGACGAAUUUGAAAGGUCAGCAAAUGCAAACAAUAUCACCAACAAUAGAAAAUGA